CAGACGUAAUCAUCAAGCUGCAGCCUGCAGCUAUUAUGGCCUUGUUGCUCAUGCCUUUUUGUUCGACUGCCUACUAACAUUUGCAAUCGCCGCUUUCUAGCCGCCAGGGACCAAGGAGUGAGGACUUAAAAGUAGCGAAUAGCGACUACUGAAUAGUGAUAUUGUUAAAAACUGAUUUAUUUUUUUUGACCGAGUAUUAACUAUAAAUGUAUAACUUAUGUUUUGUAAUAAGCUUACAAUUUCGAAUUUAAUAGUUCUGUAAUAUUCGUAUCCAAUAUCGAUAAACCGAUAUCAAUUUAUCGACCAAGUCAUGUCUACUUUUAGCAAAGAUUGGUGGAUUAAGUUUUUCUCAGAUGCUGGUAUUCCUUCAUUUGCAUCAUCAAAAUAUGCUACUAUUUUCUAUGAAAAUAGAAUUCAGUCUAAUAUGUUAAUGGAUUUAGACAAAGAUAUUCUCAAGGAAAUGGGUAUAACAGUUGUUGGUGAUAUAAUUGCAAUCCUUAAACAUGCAAAAGAUGUAUAUAGAGAGGGAUUUUAUGAUGGUUACAAUUCUAAUGUAGUGGAAAGUUUAAUAACUAAGAAAAUUCAGAAUGAAGUCAACGAAACUUUACCUCAAAAAAAAAAAAUAGUUACCAAUAAAGUAAAAAAAUUAGUUACCAAGAAGGUCAAAGUCUCCAGUGAAAGUGAAGAGGACGAAGAAGCACACUUGAAAAUAAUGAAGAAAAAGAUUCCUUCACUAUUAUCAAACAAUUCAAUUAAAGUUGUAACUAGAAAAGUAGUUCCUAAGUCUAAAACUACAAUAAAAGUUAAACCAGUUACUAUAGAAAGUGAUGAUGAUUCCCCUCCACCAUCUGAAUUGAAAACUAAGAGCUCAGUUUUUGAUCGUUUGGGUGUAGGUGAUGUAAGCAGUACAACUCCUAACUAUGAUAGUAAUAAUUCACCCACAGACUCGAGAAAAUCAUCUGUGUUUAAACGACUUGGAAUCAAGCAAGCCAGCGAACCCGCUGCUAGUGCGACAUUCAAACGUACUAUUAAAGGAUCAAGUGACGUAUAUUAUGGACCAAGCAUUCCAACUGAAGAAACUAGUGCUUUUUCAAAAAGAAUAAAACUGGAAGAAACAAGUUUUAACUCUUCGAAGUCUGUAUUUGAACGUAUUGGUGCAUCGUGUGAUCGUGAAAAGAGUAGUCCAGGUCUUGUUUCCAAAAGUGCUCUUAUAAGAAAUGCUAACUCAGGUGGAAGACCAAUUUAUGUUAAUCCGAAGGUUUUAAAUGUUAAAAAGUUGAGUCUGUUAAACCAUUCACACUUUCGAAGUUCAGAUUUAGAAUGAUACAUAUAAUUUGAAGAUUUAUCUUUCAACUCAUAACAAUGUUUUGCAUAUAAUUUUUUUUUCAUCAACUUUAACAAAUACAUAAUUUUUAAUUUUAAAAAUGCCUAAUAUUGGUUUGUUUUAUUUUUAAUUUUAUAAUGACUUAAGAUAUGGAUUACUUAUUAUUAUUUCUAUUAAAUAAAAUAAGCAUACAACAAUUAGGUAUGUAUUAUAUUUUUUUAUUUUUUCAAUAAAUUAGCUUAUUUUAAUGAGUA